AAAAGAGUCUGUAUGUGAACUGGUACUUAUUGGGAUGUGUUCUAUAUGGCGUUCGAUAUAUUUUUUGAAUACCUAAUACAAAUGUUAAUAAAAGUUAUUCUGGCAUUAAUUGUAAAUUAUGGCUCAUAACUUUCAAUCAUCGGUUCCAGAUCAACAAUUCUUGUGGGAUGUAUUUCAAAGGGUUGACAAGGAUCGUAGCGGACACAUUUCAGCCGACGAAUUGCAGAUAGCACUUUCAAAUGGAACAUGGAGCCCAUUCAACCCAGAAACUGUUCGAUUAAUGAUUGGAAUGUUUGAUCGUGAAAAUAGAGGAACAGUUUCUUUCCAAGAUUUUGGGGCUCUCUGGAAAUAUGUAACAGAUUGGCAGAAUUGUUUCCGGUCGUUCGACAGAGACAAUUCGGGUAAUAUCGAUAAGGAGGAACUUAAAACAGCAUUGUCUUCAUUCGGUUAUCGCUUAUCUGAUAAUCUUGUUGAUAUUCUAAUACGGAAGUUUGAUCGGUUCGGAAAAGGAACAAUACUUUUUGAUGACUUCAUACAAUGUUGUAUAGUUUUAUAUACCCUUACAACGGCUUUUAGACAACAUGAUACAGAUAUGGAUGGAGUUAUAACUAUACACUACGAGCAAUUUCUUAGUAUGGUGUUUUCAUUAAAAAUAUGAAGAAUUAUAAACUUAAUUUUGAUCUUUGAGAAA